UUUGGAGACUUUACGCAUGCUCCUCGUCAGCUGCGGGCGGGGAGACUUUAAAGUUGGACGCUUUUCAUUUACAGUAGUGACGGAGGUGAAAUGAUAUUCUGUAGUGAACUCUUGGUAUUUUUGGAACAUCUGAAGUGGUCUCACAACAGAUAACCAAGAAGAGGACAAAGUCACUGUGACGCGACCAUUCCCACUGUAACAAAUGGCAGAUGGAUAUGAGCAGGCCAGCGCAUCAGAGUUUAUUAAGGACCGCCUGUACUUUGCCACUCUGCGGGUCAAACCUAAGAAUACAGCCAACACACACUUCUUCAGCACGGAUGAGGAGUUCAUAUAUGAAAGUUUCUAUGCAGACUUUGGGCCCCUCAACCUGGCCAUGCUGUACAGAUACUGCUGGAAACUCAACAAGAAGCUGAAGUCUUUCACAAUGUCUAGAAAGAGCCUGGUUCACUACACCAGCUACGACCAGAAGAAGAGAGCCAAUGCUGCUGUUCUGAUUGGUGCCUAUGCUGUGAUGUAUCUGAAGAGAAGCCCAGAAGAUGCCUACAGGACUCUGAUAGCAGGAAACAGCACAGGCUACAUGCCGUUUAGAGACGCAGCGGUUGGAGAGUGCUCUUUUAACCUCACCGUGCUAAACUGCUUACAAGGAAUCAACAAGGCAUUACAACAUGGUUUCCUGGAUUUUGAAAGGUUCAGUGCAGAAGAAUAUGAACAUUAUGAGCGAGUUGAAAAUGGAGAUAUGAACUGGAUCGUUCCGGGCAAAGUUCUGGCGUUCAGUAGCCCUCAUUCUCGUGGUUAUCCCCUCCACACACCCGAGGCAUACUUCUCAUACUUUUGCCAAAAUGACAUAACGACCGUGGUUCGUCUGAACAGGACGUUGUAUGAUGGCAGGCGGUUUGAGGAUGCAGGAUUUGAGCACCACGACCUCUUCUUCCUUGAUGGGACCACGCCCUCUGACCUCAUCGUCAGACGCUUUCUGCAUGUGUGUGAAAGUACAGACGGGGCAGUGGCGGUGCACUGUAAAGCUGGAUUAGGCCGCACGGGCACUCUGAUUGGCUGCUACCUGAUGAAGCACUUCCGGUUUACUGCAGCCGAGGCGAUUGCUUGGAUCAGAGUCUGCAGACCUGGAUCUAUCAUCGGUCCACAGCAAAACUUCUUAGAAGAGAAGCAGCACAGUUUGUGGGUUCAGGGUGACGUGCAUCGGUCUAAACAGAAGCUGGUCCAACAGAGACUGAGUCGGCAGCAGCAGCUGCAGCAGCAGCUGCACCGCUCUGACUCUGUGCAGGGAGGCAAACAGGAGGCAGUGUCCUCGCUGCUUUCCAGCAUGGAUGACCUGUCAAUCAACACCGUGCUCUGCAAGUCAUAUAGCUUGGAUGAGAAUAACUGCAAAGAAGUCAGUCUGACACAGGGAGACGAACUGAGAGCACUGAAGGGAAAACGCCCACCGAGAUCAGCGUCAUCCUGCUCAAGGUUAAACCUGUCCAAGACUUCACACCGCUCCAUCCUCCCUCCCCCGAAGCCCUCCAAAGUCCACCUCACCCCUUCUUCUACUAAGACGCUGAGACGAAGUUCCUCUACCACCACUGCUCCGCAGAUCAGGAGUCCCUUCAGCCUCACGUUGUUCAGCACCAGGCCAGCACUGAUUCACUGACUUCACACUUGGGACGUUCUGGUCAUGAAUCAGCCCAGCUGAUGAUGGACUCGCUGGAGACUGCAUCAGCUCUCUUGCACGUUUAACCCUAGAACACUAUCGCUAUAAAUAGUAACACAAUCGCUAAUGCCGGGUGAUUUUUACCCGAUAUAAUAUAACCAAUAAAAAGUAAUCAAAUAUAUCAAAAUAUGACAACACAUGACAAAUUAGAGUGGUCUUCUUUUACUUUCAACUGUGCCAUGUCUAACAAAAUGAAAGAAAAACCCUCCUAAAACAAAAGAAUGACUCUGGAAAGCUGGUCUUUGGUCCACCCAUUCCUGGGACAUUUGAGACUUCCCUGGUGAAGGCACAGGCUCCUCGACACGCAAACAGCUGCAGGAGAGAGAAAUCAUGUAAAUGUAUUUGCUCGGGUGUAAAUCACCCAGCGAUAGCGUUCUCGGGUUAAUAGGCUGUAAAUGCUUUUUUAGCCCCAAUAACUACUUUUCGUUUCGACAGAGCCAACAGUUUGUCACCACUUUAACUGGUCACGUGGCCCAUUCUGUGAUAACAGGGCCGACACCAUAAAUCAUCACGUCUCUUGGGUAUAGCAGGCAGGUAACUGUGAAAAACUGCGGCUGCAUAUUGCAGAUAUAACAUCUGCUGGAUGCUGAAUGCCCCGCUGUCACAAUCAUUUUGCUGGAAGCAAAGGACACGUGCAGGUGCAAACACCAAACAACGCUUACAGGGGAGGUCGUGGCCCGAGGACUGAGUCAGACCAUCGCCAAGAGCAGUCUGGGUGCUUCUGAUAAACGGCUGCUGCCAUUUGUCCAUCCGAAGUUCAGAACCACAGGAUGUAGACGGCCUGAAGCAACGUCUUGGUUGCGGAAACACAGACCUUUAGAAGUCGUACCAAAAUCCACGCCUUAAACUUUGGCAGAUCACAUGAUGGACCUAGCUUAUUUGGCACGUUGUUGUAAUGUUGUCUCCUCGUUUUCAGUACUUUAGU